CUUAAACUACGGUCGCACGAAAAGUCUAUCGUGAGUUUCUCGAGUGUUUUUGCAUUUAAGUGUUUUUGUCACGAGCAUGUUGGGUUUUUUAAUACUAAAAAUCAACUGAACUGAUCCUGAUAAAUAUCUAGACAAUUAAACAUACAAAGUGGCUGGUGAAAAAUUUCCUAAAACUAAAUAUUUAUAUUCUAACCUCCAAAUAUCCUGCCCCAAAUAAUGACGGAAAAAAAAAAUAUAUGAGCUGAUUAUAUAAAGGGAACUAAAAAAUUAUCAAUGGAGACUGGCUAUGAGGAUGAGGACGACACACACUACUGCAUUAAGUGUCACGUGACAAUCACCGGACUGGACAAUUAUGUCCAGCAUCGACAAACUGGUUGCCGACAAUCUGAAAGAAAAACGAUGACCCCCGAGCCACCCCCGGCGGCGGUCUGCUAUCCGGAAAUACUAAAUGCUGACGCGUUUUUUAGCUCUCUGGAACUACAAAGCAGCGCUAAAACAAAGUCAAGUGGGAGCAGAGCCUUAGAGCCGGAAAAGAAAUCAGAGAGAUUAGGCGGAAAGCGUAAAAGGACAAAACGUUACCAUGAAAUUGACGAGCCGAGUGUUAAAGAGAAACUGAUUGCUCUGUCACCAGUUGUUACGGAUUUAGAUGAUCCCACUGAUCACAUCGGCAUUCCUUCGCUCGUUGGAUUUCCCGAUUUGGUACCUUUUACCGACAAAUCGACCACUUCAAAGCUGACACCAACGCUGACCAAGCCCGCCGAUGAGACAGAUAAAAAUAAACGCAACGAUGAUCGUUGGUUAGAUGACGACCUCGAUGAAGAUUCUGAUACAAACAAAGAUUCCGUUGAUCAAAGUAUCGACAGUGACUCAGACUAUAAUCGUCAGCAGCGACAUUCCGAUGACGAUUCAGAUGAAAGUCCAGCCGAGGAUGUUGCCCAAGAGGAUUCUUAUUCGGAAACAGACGACCCAGACGACAGAGAAUACCCACCGCAGCCUCACACCGGGGGAAAAUGGAAGCCCGAGCAAUUGCUCGAGCAUAUUGCGCCGGAAAAUGAGGAUGAAGUUGAUCAAGAUGACCCGGACCAUCGGGACAGUCCAGUGCCACAGCCACACACCGGAGGAAAAUGGAAACCCAGUGAGCAGAAAACGGAGGAGGAGGAACCAGCAGAGAUGGACGAAAAGGAAGAGGAAGACAAGGAGAGCGUGAUGACAAGGAACAGCAGACAACCACCGCCUGGUCACACUCGCGGGAAAUGGAUCCCGGGGGCUUCGGUUACGCCGUCGGAACUACGAUCGGGUUAUUGGUGCAGUCCUUGUGGUCGGAAACUCGCCUCUAAAUUGGUUUACAGCAGACACUUGCGCUCGGACUUGCACGCUCGACGUAGCAUUCAAGAAAUUGAAGGCGACGUUAAAUUGCCACGAUCUGUUGGACCACUCUUACGCAGCAAAUCUCGCACCAAACGUCAGAAAGUUAUCGCACAAAAACGCAGCACAGAGAACAAGAAAGCGGUUGAUGAUAAUAAGUCUGGUAAAAAAACUCGGAAUAGAGAAAAAGAAAUUCUGCGGUGCGAAAUGUGUCACGCCCGUGUGCGUCGACUUCAACUGGGUAAACACCUGCUCUCCCACUACCACUGUCGUGUCGCAGGAUUAUACCCCUGCAGUCCUAAGGCGCAACGGUUUAUCCUGGAGAACAUGGGGAACGUGGUUCGCCAAUGCCCAUUUCGGUGUACGAGCUGUCGGUUUUAUUGCAACACCCAGGAAACUUUCUUGCGUCACUGGCGCUCUACCCAUGCAAAUAUGCCAAAUGAUGAUGAAAAAAACUACACGUGUGUUUGCUGCAAUUUCUGGUGCAAUGGUGGAGCAGAUAUGGAACAACAUCUGUUGAGUAUAGAACACCGUGAGACAGUUUCUAUGAUCAAUGGCUCAGUCCCGAUUGUUAUACGCCGGCAACUUAUUUUAUCGUGUGAAACUUGCAAUCGUCGAUUUCGCUACAACAUCCAGCUCCAGCAGCACGCUAAAGAAACUGGACAUCCUGAGAGCUCGACGGCAAAAGAUGACUAUCAACAGCGUGUACGUUGCGCCCUGUGUCCCCAAGUUCUGAGAUCCCAGGUAGCUUUGCAACGUCAUCAACUGGCUUCCCAUAAGUCCUCAGACUUACCCAAGGCGGAAAUACCCUCGAUUGCGCCGUACUUCUGUUCCUUUUGCUCGAUCAACUUCAAGGCUGCUCGAGACGCUAUUUUACACCGUCGAACACCAAGUCACAAACAGACUGUCAAGGAGCACAAGUUUAUGUCAGAAGGAGUUUUGCCAUCCAAGGACUGCGGUCAAUGCGGAGACAAAUUCAAUAACUUGACUGACUAUAAGCGACAUUUACUUCAAAUCCAUCCCGACUCUUGUCACAAAUGUUUGAGGUGCGGAGAGAUUUUCGCUUUAGCCCAGGAUAUAACAAAGCACACGAAAGAAGGAGCGUGCGGAAAAAUAACAGAAAUAUUAGAUAAUGAAUCACGGUGUGUAGAUGAAGGACGUAAAUGUUUGCAGUGUCCUUUCAGAACAAACUCCGAGGCAGAGUUAAUAUUUCAUCAGGCUCUUCAUGCAGGCACCGUCCAAGUUUACUCUGAAAAACCCGGGUCUAGUAAAUCUCCCCAGACAUACCGCUGUCCAGUCUGCCAAAAAAUAUUUCCAAAAUUCUCUCUGCGCUAUCACAUUUUCCGACACACCAGAGAGAAACCCUAUCGGUGCUCCAAGUGCACGGAGUCUUUUUCCCGAAAAUCGGCUCUCACUUUCCACAUAACCGAGUCCCAUUCGCUCUCAGAGUCCAACGUAACCAACGAGACAACCCAACGUCAAAGGAAUUUCAUCUGCUUGCAUUGCAACACCGGGUUCUAUACCAAAAAUAAUUUAAGACAACACAUGCUUCGGCACGUCGGCAAAGAGUACAACUGCGAGUUUCCUGACUGUCCGACCGUCCUCAGAACGGAGACCGAGCUUAGAGCUCACCGAGCUCUGGUCCACAGUCCUAAAUCCACCGAGCGCAAGUUCCACUGCAACGAAUGCUCGUACUCGGCCAGGACCAAGGCCCAGCUUCGCCGCCAUCACACCCGACACAGAGACCCAGAACCUCAGCUGUCAUGUUCACACAAAGGUUGCAGAUUCGUAACGCGACUGAAGUCGCAUCUGAAGCGUCACCUGCGGCUGCAUACAGGAGCCAAACCCUACAAGUGCCCGCACUGUCCAUACGCGAGCAAUAAUAUCGAAAAUUUGAGGAAACACGUCCUGUCAACUCGACUGCAUCCCGGGAAAAAAAUUUACGAGUGUGAAAAAUGCAAAAUCAAGGGAUGUAAUAUUUAUGCGACAAAUUUUUCAAAGGAACUACGGGCUCAUUUAGUCACCGAACACUCUGAAGAAUUUCCUACACCCGGAGAAGCCAACAGUUACGUUGCUGGAAUGUUUGCCAGUGAUGGACAUCCGAAACAACCUGAAUAACUCAAAAAAUACCAUCGUUAUAAAUCCUCUGGCUUUUUAAAUUCCACAAUAUUAAAUUAUAUAUUUAUAUAUUGAUGAUUA